AUGUUUUUUACAGCCAAAACACUUCUCAAUUUUAUUUCAAUUUGGAAAUCACGUCUGUAACCACAAGUUACUUGUUUCACAUUUUUAAGCGUGCUCUAUUGCACUGGCUCGAGACUUAACGCUGGGAAAGCGAUGCCCUUGGCUUAGCUGUGGAGCAGCCUGCUGUUAGAAACGCUAAUGAGCUCCGUUCCAUUAACUUAUUAUUAAUCAGUAAAUAGCCGGAUCAGUUGGGUGACACGAACCGCUCACGGCAGAAGCCGUGGGCAGCCCCUGGGCGUGGGGACGGCAGCGCUGGUGUCCUGGCCAUGCGCUGCCGGGCGUUUUGGGGACAGGAACGAGCUUUUCUGUUUGCGCCGCACUCAACCCCGCCGGGCAUCCGGGAGUCGCUGUGUCCGUGUGUCUGUGCAGCUCUGCAGCGCUGUGUAGCAGGGUUCCCCUGCAUGGGGGAUGCGGGAUGGGGCGCAGGGACAGCAUCUCUAGAAGCCCCCGGCCCCUCCUGCCCGGGGGUGUGACAAAGCCCCCACCGCUAGCUCUUCUCAGGUGCUUCUGCUUUGGACCCAACCAGCUUUGUUUUCAUGCUGCAUUCGGGACAAAAAACGAGGACCCGUGGCGGGCGGCAAAGAUGAUCAAGGGCUACAUGCAGCAGCACAACAUCCCGCAGCGGGAGGUGGUGGAUGUCACCGGCCUCAACCAGUCCCACCUCUCCCAGCACCUCAACAAGGGCACCCCCAUGAAGACGCAGAAAAGAGCCGCUCUGUACACGUGGUACGUCCGCAAGCAGCGGGAGAUCCUCCGCCAAUUCAACCAGACAGUCCAGGGGUGUGGAAAUAGGACAGACAAAAGCACUCAGGAUCAGCUGCUGUUUCUCUUUCCAGAGUUCAAUCAGCAGAACCAAGGGGCUGCCCAGCUCGACGACGCCUGCUCCGAAACCCCCAGCAAGAAGAUGAGGCGCAAUCGGUUCAAGUGGGGGCCGGCCUCCCAGCAAAUCUUGUACCAAGCCUACGACCGUCAAAAGAACCCCAGCAAGGAGGAGCGUGAGGUUCUGGUGGAGGAAUGCAACAGGGCUGAGUGUCUGCAGCGAGGGGUGUCACCCUCCAAGGCGCACGGGCUCGGCUCCAACCUGGUGACGGAGGUCCGCGUCUACAACUGGUUUGCCAACCGGCGGAAGGAGGAGGCUUUCCGCCAGAAGCUGGCCAUGGAUGCCUACAGCUCGGGCCAGCCCCCGCACAGCAUGAACCUGCUGCUGUCCCAUGGUUCCCCCCACCAUAACCAGCCCAGCGCCUCACCUCCCAGCAAAAUGCCAGGGGUGCGGUACAGCCAGGCGAGCGGCGAGGCGGCGGCGUCCUCCGGGGCCAUCAGCCACCAUGGCGGUGGUGCCAUGGUCACCACCAGCCAGGCGGUCCUGCAGCAGGUCUCCCCGGCCGGCUUGGACCCAGGCCACGGUUUGCUCUCUCCCGACGGCAAAAUGAUCCCCGUUUCAGGGGGUGGGCUGCCCCCGGUGAGCACCCUGACCAACAUCCACAGCUUGUCCCACCACAACCCGCAGCAGUCCCAGAACCUCAUCAUGACGCCGCUCUCGGGAGUCAUGGCCAUCGCACAGAGUCUGAACACCUCGCAGGCGCAGAGCGUGCCCGUGAUCAACAGCGUUGCCGGCAGCCUGGCGGCCCUGCAGCCGGUGCAGUUCUCCCAGCAGCUGCACAGCCCGCACCAGCAGCCGCUCAUGCAGCAGUCGCCCAGCCAUAUGACGCAGCAGCCGUUCAUGGCCACCGUGACCCAGCUGCAGAACUCGCACAUGUAUGCACACAAACAGGAGCCUCCCCAGUAUUCCCACACCUCCCGCUUCCCCUCGGCGAUGGUGGUGACAGACACCAGCAGCAUCAGCACACUGACCAAUAUGUCUUCCAGUAAGCAGUGUCCCCUGCAAGCCUGGUGAUGCUUCACACCUCGCUGCUCUCGCUCAUAGCAACGGGACCUGAUUUUCCACAACGUGCUGCUGGAGACCCGUGCGCCGAGCCCGGGGGGUCGCCGCAGCGAAGCCCAGCGCCGCAGCGAGGAGCCCGGCGACCCCAAGCGGGGCCGGCGCCUCCGGACGCCCCGUCGCUCUGCUGUGUCCCGCAGGGACGAGCCCGGACCCGUGGGGUGCCGCGGACCCUGCCUCUCCUUCCCUCCGCGCAGUAUUUCCAAGACAUGUCUUGGGGAUUUUGUUUUUCCUUUCAUAAGUAUUCGCCUUCCAAGAGGCCGUUGGCUCUCCCGAGGAGCGAGGAACAAGCUGUGCUGGGACCUGGCAGAAGGGGAAGCUGGAUAAUAUUUAAGUUGUACUCCACCCGACGGACUGAGAGAGACUUGGGUCUGUUACUUGGCAUUUGGAAGGAGAAAUAGCGUGUGCUGUUGAACUGAGCCAAUUAAACUGUAAAUAUAGGUACAGUCUGCUCCAUCCUCACCCUUCCCCACUCUUAUACAUAGAGAUUUAUAUAAAAGAGGUAAAUUUUGUCUAAUGGAUGUAAACUGCUGUAAUUAAGUGCAAUUCCCCUGUCUGUAUAUAUUGUUCCCAAAAUCUCUUUGCCUUCUCCUUUUUUUUUUUUGUCUUUGGUAAAGGUCAGAGCUGAGGAUGGUUUUGUAUUUCUCUUUUUCCUUUAAAUGAGUUAGUUCAAAGAGCUGGGCCUACGCAAGGGGCUGGUCAGGCAGCACCGGUCUCGGCUCUGCGGGGGGACAGGCAGACGCGUGUCCUCCCGCGGUGACAUCCUGCGGGAAGGAGGGGUGCGGGGUGAGCCGAGCGCAGUCCCAGCAGGUCCUGGAUGAUCCCAAGGGACUCUUCUGCUUUUGGAGACUCUGACGUGGGCUGUCGUGGGGUCGGGAAGCGCUCAGUAGCCCUCUUGACACGUCCAGACCGUUCAGCUUUGGCUGUUUGCAGGUGAGCCGGUAGCAUUUGCUGCUACAGAGAUGAGUGAGGCCGCAAGAAAUUCUGGUAGGAUCUUCCUCAAAUGGAGUUCAGAGACUGUCGCCCUGUCCUCCCCUCCUUGGGGUGUGGAAGGGACUGGGUGCCCAGUUACUGCCUCAUCUUCUGCCCAGUAAAUGGCCAGUAUGGGUGGCUUAUUUCCCACCGCUAGCAUUUUUCAUUAGCAGGUUGAUGAUGAGCCUUGCUGGCUCCAUCCUUAUGGAAAAACAUGAUGCUCCCGUCCUCGUGGUGUCACCUCUGGGCUGCAGACAGACAAAGGGACAAGCGCUGGGCUCUGAUGUGACCCCCCCAACCCACGGUCCCCACCUGGCAGCGGCUCCUGGAGGAAAAGCUUUGCAGUGAGAUGUCCAGGUUGUGAGCGAGCCCCGCGCUGCGGUGAGGACACGGGGCUCCAUCCCCCUGGCCAGAGCCCUGGGCUGUUUGGGUGCCCAUGUCCUGCCUCCCGGAGCUGCAGAAGCUGCAAAAGGCGUCUCCCCCCUCCCGUGAGACACAAGCUCCUCCGUACCUACGGCCCUUCAGAAGUGCAUCUAAUGCUCCCAGUUGUGCAAAGUUUUCAGGAACUUGGCAGCUUGUGCCGACUGCUAAGAGUGACUUGGAGAGGUGGAGAGCAGCAGAGGUGCCUAUGGAUGGAUGACUACUGCUAAAAAGAAAACCACUGGAUGCUGUCUUUGGGGCAAGAAAGGCUCUUUUGCUCUGUGUUUGUACAAUGCCUCGUGCAGUGGGACCCUAACCCUUGCUGGGACUAAUAGGAGUUGCCCUGUGGUGAAUAAGUCAUCAUGAAUUGGAGACCAAUAUGCAGAAUGACAUUUAAUUUAAUGUACACCAUAAUUAAAUACCACUUUUUCUGA